UUAGAAGACAUAAAAUCUUCAUCACAAGUUAAAGUUCGCUCGGUUGGCGAUUUGAAGUUAUAAAAACUUCAUCAUUAACUAGAAACAAAACAGAAAAGUCAAAUACAAGAUGCGGCAACGUCUAUGGGGGCAACUGAUAUUGCCACAUCAAGUCGCAUAAAUGCUCCGCCUACAAUGGCACCGACGGAGAAGCCCAGAAAAUUUGCGGGUAUUGAAUUUAAACGAUGGUAGCAAAAGAUGUUCUUUUCCCUCACCACUUUGUAUCUCCAAUGGUUCACUAGCGAAGACGCUCCUAAGGUGCCCGAGGGAACCUCGGACAAAGAGCGUUUCGUAAUUGUAGAAGCUUGGAAACAUUCAGACUUCCUUUGCAGGAAUUAUAUUUUGAGUGGUCUCCAAGAUGACCUCUACAAUGUCUACAGUGGAACUAAGACAUCGAAGGAAUUGUGGAGGAUACUUGAACGAAAAUAUAAAAUAGAGGAUGCGGGAAUUAAGAAAUUCCUUGUUGCAUGGUUCCUGGACUUUAAAAUGAUAGAUAGAAAAUCAGUUUUCUCUAAAGUGCAAGAGUUGCAAGUUAUCAUACAUGAUCUCCUAGCCGAAGGUUUGAUUGUGAAUGUUGCAUUUCAAGUAGCAGCGAUAGUUGAGAAGCUACCACCUUUGUGGAAAGACUUCAAAAACUACUUGAAGUAUAAACGAAAGGUGAUACAAGAAUAACAAGAGGAACAUGAAAUCAAACACCAAAUCAGUCCACAAAUCACAAGAUCUGAGGACUAAGAUAGAGACCAUUCUUGGAUUCAACAAAUACAACAAGAAAAAGAUAUAAAAAGGUGUGUUUCAACACCAAAACAGCUACAAAACCUGAUGAACAAGAUGGACACAAGAUUUGGAUUCAACAAGAACAAAAGAGAACAAGAUACAAACACUUACAAAAUUGCAAGAAAGGUAAAGAUAGAUAGUGUGACAUAGAUUACUACAAUAACAAAGAAACUAAGUGUAAAUCCAACACUAAGACCCUUAAUACAUGAAAUAACAACACCAACACUUUUACGUGGACACAACAGGGACGUCAACCUCCCCAAGCACCUACGUUUCCAAUCCUUGAAUGCUACACAAGUGAAAUCCAUACUUGUAUCACCCUAGUUUCGGGUUGCGUGUCUUCUUUCCUUAGAGAGGAAAAUGUUUCAAGUAUUAUACACUCAUCAUAUUUACCAAAAUCUGAAAAUGAAACCUUACAUUACUCU